AUGAUUGUGCUUCUCCUCCUAGGAAUGCUGAUGGCCCCACUCUGCGGGGGCCACCCUCUUGACACCCCACACCUUCCACAUGAGCUGCCUCUGGGACUCUCAGAAAAUAUCAAUAUGACUUUCUUCAAUGGGAUGUUUAAAAAUGUGGAAGGUGUGGCCGAAAUUUUUGAUUGCCUGGGCUCCCACUUCACCUGGCUGCAGGCCGUCUUCACCAACUUCCCUGCACUGCUCCAGUUCGUGAAUGGUAUGAGGUGCGUGGCUGGGCUCUGCCCCCGGGACUUCGAGGACUACGGCUGUGCCUGCAGGUUUGAGAUGGAAGGGCUGCCUGUGGACCAGUCUGACAGCUGCUGCUUCCAGCAUCGCAGGUGCUACGAGGAGGCCGCUGAGAUGGACUGUCUGCAAGACCCUGCCAAGCUUAGCACAGAUGUCAACUGCGUCAGCAAGAGUAUCUCGUGUGAAUCCAGGGACACCUGUGAGCACCUGCUGUGUACCUGCGAUAAGUCUGCCAUAGAGUGCUUGGCUCGGUCCAGUAUCAACUCUUCCCUGAACCUUCUGGACACAUCCUUCUGUCUGGUUCAGCCUCCAGAGACAACCAGCAAGGAGGAGCUGCUGACAGUUCUGCCCAGAGUGGUUCCUGUGGAGCCCACGGACUCCAGCCUGAUGGCCAUCUCGGGAGAAGUGGCAUCUGAGACCAGAGAUGACCAACUGAUCACGCUCUCCAGGACAAAACCAGGUGGAGACCAGGAAGGCGUGGAGGACUCUGGGACCACACCUUCUCCAGGGUCUGCAGAAAUUGUUGCCACAGCAAAAGGUGUAACCGUCGUCCCCGCUGGCAUUAAAUCUUUGGGGUUGGCUGUAUCGUCCAUCAAAAGCGGUCCCGAGGAGACAUCUAGGAAAGCCUGUGACAGGCUCACUGUCCUGCAUCCGGGAAGUGGGGACCACACACGGGUGAGGUCACAGCUUGGAGAGAUGCUCUUCUGUCUGACAUCCCGGUGCCCUGAGGACUUUGAAUCCUAUGGCUGUUACUGUGGGCAGGAAGGACAAGGCGAGCCGAGGGACGCCCUGGACAGGUGCUGUCUGUCCCAUCACUGCUGCCUGGAGCAGGUGAGAAGACUGGGCUGUCUGCUCGAGAGGCUUCCUCAGUCGCCGGUGCUGUGUGUGGACGGUACCCCCCAGUGUGUGGGGUGGAACCUGUGUGCGAAGCUGCUCUGCGCCUGUGACCAGUCAGCGGCCGAGUGCAUGGCCUCUGCCUUCUACAACCAAAGCCUCCAGUUGGCAGGCAGUCACGAGUGCCUGGGCGACCGGCCGAAUUGUGAGGACAGCGGGCCUGCGGCUUCCGCCCCGGCCUCCAGCUCCGAGGAGGACAGCGAGGAGUCCUUACCCUUCACGGAGGGCCUGAGAAGAACCAGAAGGUUCCUGGGGAAGCCGCUGGGUCUCAUGGGGACCAGGCCACCGUACGGCCCGAGAUAG